AUGGCGGCGCACGGGGGCUCUGCGGCCUCCGCGGCGCUGAAGGGGUUAAUCCAGCAGUUCACCGCCAUCACGGGUGCCAGUGAAAGCGUGGGAAAGCAUAUGCUUGAAGCAUGCAACAAUAAUCUGGAGAUGGCUGUCACCAUGUUUCUGGAUGGUGGAGGCAUAGCAGAGGAGCCUAGCACCAGUUCUGCAGGAGUGUCUGCUGUUCGACCACACACUGAAGAUGAAGUACGAGCUCCAAUUCCGCAAAAACAGGAAAUUUUAGUAGAGCCUGAGCCCUUGUUUGGAGCUCCUAAAAGACGCAGACCUGCGCGCUCAAUAUUUGAUGGCUUUCGAGAUUUUCAAACAGAAACCAUUCGACAGGAACAGGAGCUACGAAACGGAGGAGCAGUAGAUAAGAAACUCACUACCCUAGCAGACCUCUUCAGGCCUCCCAUUGAUCUGAUGCACAAAGGCAGCUUUGAAACGGCCAAGGAGUGUGGUCAGAUGCAGAACAAAUGGCUCAUGAUAAACAUUCAGAACGUGCAAGAUUUCGCCUGUCAGUGUCUGAACCGUGAUGUCUGGAGCAAUGAGGCUGUGAAGAACAUAAUAAGGGAACAUUUCAUUUUCUGGCAGGUAUACCAUGACAGUGAGGAAGGUCAGAGGUAUAUACAGUUCUAUAAAUUAGCAGACUUCCCUUACGUCUCCAUCCUGGAUCCCAGGACAGGCCAGAAACUAGUGGAGUGGCACCAGCUAGACGUGACUUCCUUCCUAGACCAAGUGACUGGGUUCCUGAGUGAGCAUGGACAGCUGGAUGGCCAUUCUACCAGCCCUCCCCAGAAAUGCUCUCGUUCAGAGAGCCUGAUUGAUGCCAGCGAGGACAGCCAGCUGGAAGCUGCUAUCAGAGCCUCCUUACAGGAGACGCACUUUGAUUCCUCGCAGGCCAAGCAGGAGAGCCGGUCAGACGAGGAGUCGGAGUCGGAGCUGUUCUCUGGGAGCGAGGAGUUCAUCUCCGUUUGUGGCUCAGAGGAGGAGGAGGAAUCAGAGAAUCCUGCCAAGCUGAGGAAAUCUCCACACAAAGACUUAGGGUAUAAGAAAGAGGAGAGCCGGAGGCCUCAGCCUGAGCCCCCUGCAAGGACUGACCCUGGGACAACAUCAAAUCACAGAGUGCUGCCCUGCAUUGAUGCAGGGGCACUGGAGGAGUCAGCUGAGAAGCCUGAAAGUAUGUUUCAGGGCCUGGAUGUGAAUGGACCAAAGGCACAGCUGAUGCUAAGGUAUCCGGAUGGAAAGAGGGAACAAAUUUCACUGCCUGAACAAGCUAAACUUCUGGCUCUUGUGAAACAUGUCCAGUCGAAAGGAUACCCCAAUGAACGCUUUGAACUUCUCACCAACUUCCCUCGAAGGAAACUCUCCCACCUGGACUAUGAGAUCACAUUACAGGAAGCAGGCCUGUGUCCUCAAGAGACUGUCUUUGUGCAGGAAAGGAAUUAG